AUGUUGGACAUGAACUCCACCCACAGCAAGACCACUGGCCUUCCCCGUAAACGUUUCUAUCGAGCUCGUGCACACAGCAACCCACUGAGUGACUCGCAUUUCCCAGUCCCAAUUUCCCCUAACCACUUCGACUACACAGCCCAUUACCCUAAUCCCGGAAAAAAAUUGAAUCUUUCCCAGAAAAAAAUCGAAUUUGCUGAUAUUGGCUGCGGGUUUGGUGGGCUCUUGAUCAGCCUCUCGACUCUCUUUCCCGAUACCCUCAUGAUCGGGAUGGAGCUUAGAGAUAAGGUGACUGAGUACGUGAAGGAACGAAUUCUAUCACUGAGGGCAGUUAACCCUGGCCAGUAUGAAAAUGUGUCCGUGGUUCGAACAAAUUCGAUGAAGUACAUUCCGAACUAUUUUGAGAAAGGACAGCUCAGCAAGAUGUUUUUUCUAUUCCCGGACCCUCAUUUCAAGGAGAAGAAUCACAGGCGGAGGGUUAUUAGCCCUCACUUGCUUGACGAGUACGCGUACGUGCUCAGAGUUGGUGGGGUUAUAUACACGAUAACUGAUGUGGAGGAGCUUGGGGAGUGGAUGAGGGCUUGUUUGGAGGGUCACCCAUUGUUUGAGGAAGUCUCGGAGGAUGAGCUUUUGGUGGACCCGGUUGUCGAGCUUCUUAGUUCGGCAACUGAGGAAGGCCAGAAAGUGUUGAGGAAUGAUGGGCAGACUUUUAGAGCUGUUUAUAGACGGAUUGCGUCUUGA